CGAGGCUCGUUUCCGCUUGCCCUGCGGCGGAGGGCUGGCUGCUCCAUUCGGCCGUCGACGCUGAGUUGGCUGGCUCCCUCCCUCCCGCGUCCUCCCCCUGCCUCUCGGCUUGCCUUGCUUGGUCGGGCGGGCUCGGCACCUGAGCGCGAGAGGGAGGAGGAGGAGGAGGAGGAGAAGCCGCGCAGAGCUGCCCCGCUCUACCCCUGAGACUCGGCGAGAAGGGAGCGGGCCUCGGAUCUGCCGCCUUCGCUGCUGCUGCUGCCCGGCGCUUUGUUUCCCCUCUGAAGCCUUAGCGGAGAGCUUUCUGCAGCCAUGGUGAAGGUCUCGUUUAACUCGGCCUUGGCGCAGAAAGACGCAGCCAGGAAGGAGGAGGAGGAGGAGGAAGGGGGACAGAAGGAAAAGAGCAGCUGCAGCAGCCAAGUGCUCAUCUUGUCCCCAGACACAAAGGAUCCAGAAGAAGUGGUGCCUCUUGGACAAAGAAGAGCUUGGUGUUGGUGUAUGUGUUUUGGAUUAGCUUUUAUGCUUGCUGUUGUAAUCCUUGGUGGUGCCUAUCUGUAUAAGUAUUUUCAGUUCCAGGAAAAUGUUUACUUCUGUGGAAUUAAGUAUAUUGAGGAUGGCUUAACCCUAACGGAGCCAGAUGCAAUUGCUUCAGCUCCUCGUUAUCAGAUAAUUGAAGAGAGUAUCCAGAUCCUCCAGGAGGAGGAUGUUGAGUUCAUUAGUGUGCCAGUUCCAGAGUUUGCUGAUAAUGAUCCCGCUGAUAUUGUCCAUGAUUUUCAGAGGAAACUUACAGCUUACCUUGACCUCAGCCUGAAUAAAUGCUAUGUCAUUCCUCUGAAUACGUCAGUUGUUAUGCCACCUAAAAACUUCUUGGAACUGCUGAUCAACAUCAAAGCUGGAACAUACUUGCCACAGUCAUACUUGAUUCAUGAACAGAUGACAGUUACUGACCGCAUUGAAAAUGUGGAUCAACUGGGUUUUUUCAUUUAUCGCCUUUGUCGUGGUAAAGAGACUUAUAAAUUGCAGCGCAAGGAAGCACUGAAAGGCAUUCACAAGCGUGAAGCAGGUAAUUGCCGAAUAAUUCGACACUUUGAGAACAGAUUUGCAGUGGAAACACUUAUUUGUGAAGAAUAAUAAGGAAUGCUACUAUAACAGAAGAUUAAAAAGAUACUUCAAUCCAUCCUUUCUAUUAUGUGCAGUGAUCUCUGUUUUAAAACAUUUAUGUAAUGAGUAGACAAGGCUUUAUAGCUGAACCCAAUUACUUAAUCUCAUGAAACAUCUUUAUAUCAUAUUUUGAAGUAUGAUGUUAUUUUUAUGUUGGUAUUUCACAUAAUAAACCCUGAAAUAUCAGGAGAUAAAUAAUACAUCCAAUAUUACAAUAAAUUUGGAUAAAAUAAUUCUGAGUUAAAAGUUUUUAAAAAGUGUAUAGAUAAAUUGCAACUUUUGAGGUUUUUCACAGUGUAUUAGUGCUAUAACUGAUUACAGCUUAUUAGGAAACAUUUUAUAAUAAAGGUGGAAUUUAUUGUGUGUGUUUUGAAACAGUCACACUUAAAUUUCACUUCCGAUUGGCUGUGCUAAUAUGUCUGCUGUACAAACUCCAGCAGUAAUUUCAUGUUACUGACUUGUAUAUAAGCUAUAUGUAUGCAAAGGAAAAUAAAUAUUAUAAAUCUGUUUGUCUAAA